AAACACAAAAAUCCCAACCGACUUUCUUCGACCGCGGACGGACACAAACGCGCCUCAUCCCAACGAUUGAAAAGUGUUGACCGCGGUCCUGUUCCAAAAUAAUUCGGUUUUUAUAGUGUUUUUAUUCAGUGUAAUUUAAGUGUUGUUACGGUGUUGCAAGUUGCGGUUCCUGUUUCGGAAAACCGAGGAAUGCAAGUGCGGCCAAAAUGAGCGCUUUUGAGGUCACCGUUACGCCGCCCCGGGGUGGCCAACCGAAGCGGCGCACGGAAUCGCGGGAACCGACGCUGGUGAUGCUUGGCCCGUUUACGCCCAAAGCAACGGUCAUCUUCGAGGGCGUCCCGGUGGGCAAGACGGCACGCCGCCAGCUGGUGGUCCGCAAUCCGUACGAUGGCGAAAUUAAGGUCCUCGUCACCAAAAUCCCCAAACCGGAGGUCAACCUCUCCCUGGAGUGGACCUCCUCGGACAUAGCCACCGGUGACGAACGCAUGCUCGACCUGGUUUGGUCCCCGUCAAAGCUGCUCGCCAUCAAGGAGGUCCUCCAGAUGAGCGAUAGCUGCGGCAACCGGAAGGAGAUUACGCUCAUCAUGAAGUCGAUCGAGCUGAAGAAGGCAGCUCCAGCGAAAAAAAACGCGCCGAAGGUGGCGGCUGCUCCGGUGAUGCCAAAGUUGAGACUAAAGUUGAAAUCGCCGUCGCCGCCAAAGGCGGCCGUCAGGCGAUCGGUGUUGAAUCGAAAGAAGGAAUCGCCGGCGAAGGUGACGAUGGUUGCGCCGAUGCCACCGAAGGUGGCCGCGUUGAAGUCGAGCAACGCGAGCAACAUCUUCAGUUCGAGUGCGUUCAACUUUUCUCAGGUUUCGGAAGGGGGGAGGAGGUCGGAAAAGGAGAAUCAGAGUCCGGGGACGCCCGAUGGGGCGUCGAAGCUGUUUAAUAGCAUCAAGUUUACGCCGUCGAAUGGUGGGGAGAUUGCUGACUUGGCGGACCUGCCAACCCCGGUUAAUUUCCUGCGCGUGGACGACUUUCGGUUUGAAAACAUUGCUUCGAUCCGGAAGCGACUCAGUAUUUCACCGGAGGUGAAGCUCGCGGUGCCGAGCAAUGAAAGCGUGCUCGCGUUGAAGGCCACGCCGGAAGUUCAGAUCUACAAAGCGGGGAGUCCCGGCAGGGGGCAGUUCGAUCCAAACUGCUUCUCAACGGUGUCGAAACCUCCGGAACCGGAGCGAACCUACCUGAUGGUCAACGAGGUGACCGUGACAGCGGAGAAGGAUUCCGGAGCAAGGCAGCUCAACUUUUCGCACGACCUCGAGCUGACCGAGAUUGUCCACAUGAAGGAUUCGCCGCUGGCCGCGCUGAAGGCUGCCGAAACGGUCCGCGCCGUGGACCGGGUUUCGCCGUGCAACGAGAUUCAGUUGGUCUUUCUCGAGCAGCUUGAAGCGGCUUUCAGCGAACAGCAGAACCCGCAACAGCCAAAGGUACUGAACAAAACCCAAACCGUGUCCCCGUACUGCACCAGCCCACAGCUCUCGAUGAUCGCCGAGGAGAGCCUUCGCGAUCUGGGCGUAACGUACGCGGCAUCCGCCGCCCCAGAAACGACCCACAUCCACCAGAAAACGUUCAAAAUCGCCAGCCACGAAAGCCUCGUCAAAUCCACCUCCGACGACAACAUCGUCAAGAAUCUAACCCUGGAACUCGCCAGAAGUCGCCCCGUUCCGCCAACAACCCCCGGCUCGAUGCCGAACCUCAACGAGGACGUCGACGACGACGACGAGGCGCGACACAUCUUCAAAGAGCACGAAAUUCGCGCCCAGUCCAGUCGCUUCAACCUGCACGAAGUGGGCCGCGUCAGCGACGAGAUGAACCAAUCCGCGGGAAAGCGACGCCACCACCUAGACCGGACCGACUACGACGAAGAGGAGGAGGAGGAGGAAGAACUCUGCUCGAUGGUGAUUUCACCGCCCAAACGGAGCAAAAUGUCGGCGAUGAGUUUGGGACGGAUGGCGCCGCCGCCCCCGAAGGCGAGGACCGCUGUCAGACAGAGCUUGCAGGUCACCAAAUCGACCGCCUCCACACGACCCCUCUCGCUCAAACGACCCGUCCCGGCCGCCCCAACGCUCGCCCUCGCCCGCAAGCUCCCGUCCGAGGAGAAGCGCAUCUUCCUGUACGACUCCGACCAGCACCUGAAAACGUUCAUCAACCCGGACCCGUUUGCGGCGACGACAACAUGCGACCCGUUUUUGUCCGUUACGAUGUACCUGGACGAGCGUGCCUUCGAGCGGUACGAGCGCCAGCUGAAGAAGUGGCUCAACGCGCUGGUCACGAUUCCGGCCGACUUGGACACCGAGUCGAACAAGCCGCUCGAUGUUGGGAAGCUGUUUGACGAGGUCAAGGGCAAGCAGUUGACGCUGGCCCCGACGAAGGAGUUGAUCUCGUGCCACUACUACCGGAGUCGGUUGGAGCAGCUGCGGAACGCCGGGUACGGGUUGUACACGAGCGAGCAGGUCGCGGGACCGCUGCGGAAGGUGCGGAGUGCGAUCGAGAAGAAGUCGAUGGUGCUGAGGACGGAUCGGGAUUUGCAUCUGGAUUUGGUGCUACAGCGGACGAUUUUGGAGCUGUUGCUGUGCUUUAAUCCGCUGUGGUUGCGGCUUGGGCUGGAGGUUACGUACGGGGAGUUGAUUGAGCUGCAGUCAAAUCGGGACAUUGUGGGGUUGAGUACGUUCAUCGUGAAUCGGCUGUUUCGCGAUCGCUACGAGGAGGCGAAAGGAUCGAAGGCGUACAGUCUGUCGCCGGCGUACGCCGAGUACAUGAAGAAGUUCACCUUCCAGAAGUUUCUCUUUCUGCUGUUCUUCCUGGACACGGCGAAGAACAGUCGUCUCAUCAGGCACAACCCCUGCCUGUUCGUCAAAAACGCCCCCUACAAGGAAACCCGCGAGAUCCUGAUCCGCUUCGCGUCCCACCUAAUCGCCGGAAUCGGCGACAUCACCAAGCACCUCAAGCGGUUCGGAUACGUCCUAACCCACAAGCAAACCUUUCUGGACGAAUUUGACUACGCGUUCGAGAACCUCGGCGUCGACCUCCGAGACGGUAUCCGCCUCACCCGCGUCAUGGAGAUCAUCCUUCUUCGGGACGACCUCACCCAGAACCUGCGCGUUCCCUCGAUCUCCCGCCUCCAGAAAAUCCACAACGUCAACCUGGCCCUGCGAGCCCUCGAGGAAGCCGAGUACCAAAUAACCGGCGACAUCACCGCCAAGGACAUUUGCGACGGUCACCGCGAGAAGACGCUUUCGCUGCUGUGGCAGAUCGUGUACAAGUUCCGGGCGCCCAAGUUUAAUGCGGCGGCGAACGUGAUCCGCGGCUGGUGGAGGAAGAACUGGUUGAGGGUGGUGAUUGCUAGGAGGAUUGAGGAAAAGCGGGUGAAGAUGAGGGAGCGGGCGGCGGUGAGGAUACAAGCGGUGUGGAGAAGAUUCAGGACGAGACAGUGGUUCCGGGCGAUGCGCGAGGAGAAGCUGCAGGCGGUGGUUAUUCUGCAAAAGUACACGAGAAGAUACCUCGCCCAAAAGCAAGCGGCCCAGCAAUACUCGUCCAUCCUGCGCAUCCAGCGCUGGUGGCGCUCGAUCCAGCAAAUGAGGACCGUUCGCAGCCAGUACCUUCUCCAACGCCGUGCUGCCCUCCUCGUUCAAACCAGCUUCCGACGGUUCGCCCUAGCUCGCCGCAUCCUUGCUGCCUCCACCGUAAUCCGUACCAUCAAGGCCGAAGCCCUUCGCCGUCACCAGAGUGCGAUCGUCCUGCAACGCGUCCUGCGAUCGUAUGUUGUGCACCGGAAGUUGCAAGCGAUCGUCGGUGCAAUUGUGGCUUUUAACCGGAAGAAGGCGGUGCAGUACCGAGCGGCGGCCCGCAUUCAGGCGAUGGCUCGGAUGGUGGUUGUGCGUAGGGAGUUUGUACGGCUGCGAUCGGCCACGAUCGUGAUUCAGCAACGUUGGCGGGAGUGUUUGUUGGCGAGACGGCAACGUUGUGAGUUCGUGGAGUUGAGACAGAGUGCAAUUGUCGUUCAGCAAAGGUUCAGAGGGUUGCUGUUGAUGAGACAAGUGAAGACGGAGUAUGAAGUUCAGCGAUCGCGGGUAAUCUUCGUGCAGCGGAAGGUUCGAGCGAAGCUCGAGACGAGACGCGUGCGGGGCGAGUUUGUUCAACUUCGACAGUCUGCGGUGAUCGUUCAGCGCAGGUUCCGCGCGUUGAUCGCGAUGCGACAGCAGAGGGCUUCAUAUCAGGAUCUAAGAUCAGCCGCGAUCGUGCUUCAGCAGCGAUUCCGGGCGCGUUGCGACAUGAAGGUGCAAUCUACGCAAUUUCUGAGGCAGCGAACAGCUGCCCAAGCGAUUCAACGUCGCUUCCGAGCCAAUCUGGCCAUGCGAGAACAACGCGGUGAGUUUCACCGGCUCAGGGCGGCCUGCAUCACAAUUCAGCACCAUCUUCGAGCAACGAUCGCGAUGAAGCGUCAGCGAGUGGAGUUCCUGUCGCUGCAGUACAGCGUGAUGGUCGUUCAACGGCAGUUCCGAGCGAACGUGGCCGCUCGGCGGCAGCGUGAGGAAUACGUGACGUUAAGAUCGUCGGCGAUCAAUGUUCAAAGGAGGUGGCGCGCAACGUUGCUAGCUCGAGACGUUCAGCGAUCGUAUCAGCUGCAGCGGCAAGCCGCGAUCACGAUUCAACGGUAUUGGAGAAACGUCCAGCUUAGACGGAUGACCCGCGAGAACUAUUUGGAGAAGCGAUGCGCAGCUGUCAAGAUUCAACGUCACUUCCGAGGGUAUCUGCUGAUGAAGCGAACCCGUGCGGAGUUCAACGACUUGAAGCGUGUGGCGAUCACCGUUCAGCGGCGUUAUCGUGCGACGAAGUCGAUGCAGUUGCAGUUGGUGGAGUUUGAGCGGAUGGUUUGGGCUGCGAGGGUGGUUCAGGUGAGGUUCCGGGCUAGACAGAUUGCCAGCGAGAAGAGGGCUGAAUUUGAAGUGCUGAGGAAGGUUACGCUUUGCGUUCAACGGCAGAGGCGUGCCAUGGUAGCGAUGCGGAGGGAUCGUGAGGCUUUCCUGAAGUUGAGGGAAGCGGUUAUCAGCGUUCAGCAGCGGUUCCGUGCGUUGGUGGCGAUGAAGGAGGCGAGGGGAAAUUACCUAAGAAUCUACAGUGCGGUGAUCUGCAUUCAGAGAAGGUAUCGAGCGGAGAAGGAGUCGGCGAUGGUUCACGGACAGUAUUUGAACUUGAGAAGCGCCACGAUCGUCAUUCAACAGUAUUUCCGAGGGUAUUUGGAGAUGAAGCGAGAGAAGACUGGAUUUGAGCGGUUGAAGAGUGCAGCUGUAAGGAUUCAGCAACAAUUGCGAGCGGUGAAGCAGAUGAGAGUUCAACGGGAGUCGUUCCAAAAGCAGAGAUCGGCAGCGAUCGCGAUUCAGAGGUACUUCCGAGGCUACCUCUCCAUGAAGAAGCAACGGGCAGAGUUUUUGCAGGUUCGACGAGCCUGCUUAGUUGUACAGAGACGCUACCGAGCAAAACAAGCCAUGAUCGAGCAGAAGAUCGUGUACGAUCAUCUCCGGACGUCCGCGAUCACCAUCCAGCAAAGGUGGCGAGCAACUCUGACGAUGCGACGAGAGUGCUCCGACUACCGGCGCGUCCAAUGGGCCGUUCAGAUCAUCCAGACCCGCUACCGAGCGUGCUGCCUGAGAUGGAUCGCCCAGCUAAACUACCGCAUCUAUCGAAGUGCCGUGAUCGUCGUUCAGCGUAGAUUCCGGGCAAAUCUUCUCAUGAAAUCCGAAAUGACCCGCUACCAACGCAUCAAAACCGUCACCCUGCGUCUACAGACCCGCUGUCGUGGCUACCUCGCCCGUGAAGCCUUCCAGGCGAAGCUCACCCCCGAAUAUCUGGAACGUCGUCAACGGGAGCAAGCCGCCAAGCGGAUACAGGCCUGCUGGCGAGGCUACCGUCAUCGGAAGCGCCACCAAACCACAACAAUGCGGGACAUCGCCCUGCGCAUGAUUGCCAGCCGACGCGAAGCGCUCCGUGAUCCGUCCAACAACGUCACCAACAUUCUGCGAUCUUGCCUCAAGUUCAUGCAUACCCGCUUCGCGGUACAUGAAGCCAUCAAGGUGCUCCAGCGGAUCGAGUACAUGUCCCGGCUGGUGCCGCACCUGCUCGCCAGCGAUGCCAUCUUCCUGGCGACCUUCUGCUACGCCACCAUGGCGCAAGCCAUCCGUUCCGAGCUGGACAAGCAACUGAUCGAGAUUUGUGCGAGGAUCAUCCUGAAUCUGGCACGAUUCAACGGAACCAAAGAGCAAGCGUUUCAGGAAAACGGUCUCGUAACUGUGUCCCAGAUGUUGCUGCGCUGGUGCGACAAAGAGUGCGCCAUCUUCAACACCCUCUGCACCCUGCUGUGGGUUCUGUCCCACGAUCGGCACAAAAAGAAUGCCAUCCGCCGUUACAUGAUCUCGCGCGAGGCGAUCUACAUGCUGCGCGAAACGAAAAAGCUCGUCCAGCGCAAGGAGAACAUGCGCCGCAACGUGAAAAAGCCCCCGGUGGGAUGUCUGGUGCCGCCGGAUCCGACGCUGAUGCGAAUGGUGCCGAUUUUGGGGCCGGAUUACGGGGUGAUUCGCAGCCAGCCGUACGUGUUUUAUUCGUCGGUGUUUGCGUUCGAUACGGUGCUGGCCGCGCUGGAUGUGGAUAUUUCGUAGGGGAAGCGAGAGAGAGUGAGGUAGGUAUUUGUUUUGUCGUUUUUGGAUCGUUUUGAUAAGUUUGCACAUUAUUUUUCUAUUGUUUGAUUACAAUUUAAAUUAUAUGGUACGCAUUGCCCGGUAUUGAUGUUUGGCUAGGUUGACUCAGCGACUAGCAGCUAGUGUUUAGUGAUUCAAUAAACAAAAUCUCAUUAUCAGUAAA